AUGAAAAUUUUGAAAUUUUUAAAGAGGCAUCGUCCCUAUGCACCGAUAAAUGGAAAACAUACCGAACAACUUCCGGGACCAACUUCCGCUGCGGGUUCGGCAAGAACCUCAGCAUCAUGUAGUUUAGCUUCUUCGAGAGAAAGUUCCACAUCAGCACCGGGUCCAGUACCAUUUAGGGUACUGAUGCUUGGAGGUCCGGCUGUUGGUAAAUCGUCCUUAGUAUCGCAGUUUAUGACUAGCGAAUACUUGCACGCCUAUGAUACUAGUAUAGAUGACGAGAGCGGCGAAAAGUCAGUCUCGGUUUUAUUAGCAGGCGAUGAGUCGGAAUUGACUUUCAUUGAUUUUGCUACGAUGGAUUUGUCGCCCGAUUCUCUGAUCAAAAAGUACACCGAUCCACAUGCUUAUGCUGUUGUCUACAGCUGCGCAGACAGAGCUAGUUUUGAAUGCGCAGAGAAAAUUUUACAGAACCUGUGGACGUUGGAUACAAUAGGUACAAGGGCUGUUAUACUAGUUUCAAAUAAGGCUGAUUUAGUACGAUCCAGGAUGGUUUCGACAGAAGAAGGAAAAGCGAUGGCUACUGGGUAUGACUGCAAAUACAUAGAGACCUCUGUCGGCAUUAAUCACAACGUCGACGAGCUACUAGUCGGUAUCCUAACGCAGAUUCGCUUGAAAUUGGAGAAUCCCGAAAGAUCGCGCGACCUGUUCAGAAAACGAAGUUCUUCGAAAAAGAAUUUGCAUAGGAACCGAUCGCCGGCAUCUGGUACUGUCACGCCGACCACGGGAAGCGCACAAAAUUCUCCCAAAAAAUAUAGAGGCAGUAGAACGUCAGCAAGCCUCAAAGUCCGCAGUUUACUAGGCAAAGUAUGGGCGAGAGAUAGCAAAUCAAAAUCCUGCGAAAAUCUACACGUUUUGUAA